AUGGGCGCUGACGUCGUUGCGAACCCGCCGCCUGCUGCGUCUGGAGCGUCGAAGUCGAGCCGCAAGAAGCGUGCGAAGGCCGAAGCAACAGCAACCCCGACUCUGUCCACCACCGAGAAGACGACUUCUGAGCUUGGAGCCAACAGCUCUGACGCGGCAGGCAAAGCCAAUGGCGGGGAUGAGAAUGCCUAUGUCAAGGAGCUUCAGAAGAAUGUUCGCAACGUCAAUAAGAAGCUGAAUGCUAUGAGCAAGGUCAUUGAAGUCGUUGCCGCGAACCCCGACGUUCCGCUUGACGAGCUUGUCUCCACGCGCAAGAUCAACGCCGACCAGAAAGCCCAGUAUCAGAAAAAACCGGCCCUCGAAAGCCAGCUGGCACAGUUCGAGGAGCAACUCGCUACAUACAAAAAGUUUGAGCAGGAGCUCCAAACUAAGGCAGCCCAGGAGAAGGAGAUACUGCAGAAGGGGCACUCGGACGAGCUCGAGAAGCUGAGGGACACUCUGAAGGAGGAAGCUGCGCUGGAGGUCAAGAAGACCUUCCGAGAUCAGUUCUUGACCCUGUCCCGCUUCCUUCGUGCUGCGGCUGCUCGACGCCAGCUUCCUGAAGAUGACAGCAACGAACUCACCAAGGCUUUUGAGGGUGCACUUCUUCAAGUCUAUGGCGGUGAUCCUUCCGCGGUGGUCGCUGCGGAGAAGCUGAUUGAGGGGUCACACGACAGCGUGCCCUCAACAGAUGGCGAGCUCCUCAGCAUCACCUACGCCCAGGUCAAGCAGGCCGCUCUCGACGAAGCUCCUUUCGCCGCUGAGGAGGCAUGGGCAGACGAUGUCGCACAAUCUCAGCCAACGGCUCCUGAGACCGACUCAACAACGGUCAUGUCCACAGAUCCAACUGUCGCGAAUGCAGGAUUGACCGAAAUUGAGUCAACAACGGGUGCAGUCAAUGGCGGGUCAGAGGUGGGUGCACCGAGCGCCCCUGCUGCCUCAAGCGUAGAUGCUGGCGCAGCGAACCAGGCGGGAGGAGACUGGGACAAGCCAGGCCCUGGCUCGGACGACCCUCUCGCGGAGUCAUUCGAGAUCAUUCCUCGCGAUCCUGCUGAGACCGAGACGCCGGCUGCGCCUGCCGCCGUCAAUCUGACUCAGAGCUGGGCCGAUGAUACCCCUGAGACGGCUCCCGCAGCUCCCGCAGCUCCCGCAGCCGCGAACGAUGGAUUCCACGAGGUGCAUCACAACCGUGGACGUGGACGCGGCGGACACCAAGGCGAGGGCCGCGGUGGUUUUGGUGGAAGGGGAAGGGGCGGCCCGCGUGGUGACUUCCGCGGACGGGGACGUGGACGCGGUCGCGGUGACGGCUUUCGCGGCGGUCCUCGAGGAGGUGGAGGCUUCCGCGGAAAUCGGGGCGAUGCGCCGCAGCAGCAAGGUUAG